AUGAAUAAAGAGCAACCAGUUAUAAUUGAUAAUCGAUAUCUGCUUGCAUCUGUCCAUUACUAAGGUCGUCAUUCCAAUUUUUACAAUGCUGUAGAUAUUUAAUAGGAACAAAAAUAAAUCUUAAUAUAAAUUAUAACAGAUUAACUAUGUAUCUGCAAACUAUUUAAAAGAUUAGAGCAAUUAAUUGAUGGCAGAGAUAAAUCUAAUGAUCGUCAUAAUCGAAUGUCCAGAUUCAUACCAAUACCAAGGAUUUAUAGAAUGGGCACCUUAGUAGUCCAAGAUAUUACCCAUCAUUACAUCGCAUGGCAGAAGAGUGGACCAUCUUUGAAAUUGUGCUUUAAGUUGAUGAAAUAGAAAUUUUCUCUUAAAACUAUUUGUUUGGUGGGAUUAAAAAUGGUAAUUAUAUAAUAACAAUAAGCACUCAAGAUUACUAAUUUAUAGUAAAUUCAUAGUUUGAACAUUUUACACAGGAGUCUAAAAUUAUCAAGUAUCAUGACCACUAACCAUUCAAAUUUACUUAUAACCAACUUCGAUUACUACGUAGAAUUCCUUAACAAAGAUGGCAAAAUAUCAAGCAAAGCCAAAUAAUUUCCCAUAAAAACCAAUAAGUUCAGUAGUAUUGGAUAACAUCUACAACAACAACCCUGCCCCAGAGAUGAUCUAGAAUCACUUGGCUAUCUCCUGUUGUAUCUGCUAUCACAAGGGAAACUACCUCAUAAAUGCUAAUCCUAGGAUUAAAACAUCAGAGACAAAUAUUAUAUGGAAUUCAAAAGACAAUUCUUACCAGAAAAGGAAUUGAAACAAUACCCAGAGGUAUUCUUACAAUACUUUCAAAAUGUGUUUAAAUUGGGGAUCAAAGAAAUUCCUAAUUAUGAAAUACUUAAAUAGCCCCUUAUUCAAUAUCUAGGAAGAUAAGAAUAAGACUAUAAUUUUGAUUGGUCUGAGGUGUUCAAGCCUCUUGUCGAAUAAACGGCAACAUCAGAAGUAUCUGUUAGAGACAAAGCAUGUUCUUUUGAAACUAUAGCUAUCAAUAAUUUUAAGAAGGAGCUUCAAAAAGACAAUUAAUCUGCUCCAACAAGUCCAACUAGUCAAUAAAAUUAGAAUAGGGCCUUAAAAUCAUAAAGAUUCACUCUGGCACCUAUUUUGGAGAAAAAUGAAUCGCUAUUGACAACCUUCAACAAUUGUGAUUCAAAUGCGGUAUCUCCGAGAUUCCAUCAUCAAAUUGCAAAUCUAAAAUUCGAUUAUUGUCAAUAUGAUUCUUCUUCGGGGGAGAUUAGUCCAAGCGAUGAACCAACUGUGGAUUAGCUUCCUACUUUUGAACAGCAUCAACAUGAUAUUAUGUGA